AGCACCGCUGAGCCCAUGUUUUACGUACAGGAUACAAGACCGCCAUCGCGUCGAGCAAUAGUGACGGCUGUCCAUACGUAGCAGGGCGUGGUACAAGGAUAGGGCUUGUUUUCUGCGAAUACAAGCAGGUGGUAUCGUCCCGCUUGCCGAAAACCCGGAGGUUGGAGGUUGUGGGGACAACCCACACACACAUGAUGCACAGGCUUGGCCAAAUCAUCACGGCUGCUGCUACUGCUGCUGCGGUGGCAACCACAACCUCUGCGUUCGUUGUCGCCCCUGCAGCACUACGUGAUGGAACGAGGCUAAGCGCUUCUCUCGAUUCUCCUCGGGGAUGGGCUUGUAAUCAUGAGACAGCAGCGGCAUACAGCAGCGGUUGCCUUCGGAGGUCAGGCGCGUGUGAAGGAGGAGGUGGGCGCAUCACGAUGAUGAUGUCUGGCCCACCGCCAGGCAGAGGGAAAUUCGUAAAGAUGGGAGGGACAGAGGAUGCGCAGAGCUUCGGGCCAAGGUGUAUUCUCGCAAGUGGCCUCUCCCUGGAGGAGCGCGGGGCAAUACGCUCGAUUCUUGACGACGAGGAUCAAGACCGGGAGGACAGAACACCUUUUGUGGCGCAUACCUUGGAAAUAGCGGAGAAGAGGGUGGGAGACGUCCUGACCGAUGCGCCGAUGAUCGGUCUGCUUCAGGAGAAACAAGAGGCCAGGGAUGCCUCGCCAGAACCGUCUUCGCCGGUGAUUCUGAUCAGCGGUUUCACCAAUCCGGAACUGAGAGACUUUGUCACACGGUUUCGCAGUGAAACGGGGGUUCGCGCUGCAUUUGCCAAGGCUGUCCCAAACGCCAUGACUAAGUCGGUGGCUAGAUUGUGCGGGGAGAUUGCUCAAGAUCACGCUGAUGCUCUCGCGGGCAAACUGUCCAGCGGCAAAGAAUGAGCGAACAGAGCAUGUGGCAUCGUACAAGUUGGUACCAUCUUUAAUUCGAGCGAAGCGAGAUUGCUAAUCUUGCCUGUGGAGACAGCGCAAUACAGGCUCCAUCCAGAAAAAUGAGUUUGUACAGUUUGUCCGCUUAAUCUAGGUUUUAGAGUUGCGAUUUGAUUUUAGACUACUACAGGGGUCAGCAGAUAGAUGCACUUUUUUUUUUCGAAGCACACAGCGGAUUUCAGCAGAGAACACACGCACUGUGGGCGACACCACAC